AUGGACCGCGGCGGGCCCACUAUUGUGGCCGAGCCAGCGCCGGGGCGCAAAGAAGCAGUUGCGCCCGGGCCCGUGCUGGCUACCGGUGUCCGCGGGCGGCCAAAUGCGCGAUCCGGGCCACUCCCACGGCACGCUUUGCGGGGGCCUAUACUGGUCAGCCAGGGUGUGCAGCGUCGAGCCUGCUCGACCGCUUCCACCACGGGCCACAUAGAAGCGACGCGCCGGCCCGGCUUCAGGGGACGCCGAACCGGUGCAUCGCAGAUUCCAGACCCAGGCAGCCAGAAGGGGAGUUCCGGCGUGUCACCCAGUGCUUCAUCGAUCGACCGCAUCGAAUCGAUCCCGCGGCGUGAGCUGUAUUUCUUCGCGCUGUACCGGGUGCUGAUCGCAACCGUCAUCGCCGCCCUGCUCUACAGCCCUCUGUCCGGCCUGGUCGGCGAGGCCCAUCACCCGCGGCUGGCCGAUGUGGUUGCGGUCAUCUAUCUGGCGUUGUCGCUGCUGGCCCUGGUGAUCGGCCGCAACGAACGCUGGCUGCGGCCGAUCGUGGUCAGCGGCGUGCUGGUGGACAUCGUUGCCGCCACCCUGCUGUCGCAUGCCCUGCCCGGUGCAAGCGCCGGCAUUUCGAUGUCGCUGCUGUUCAACAUCGCUGCCGCCGCCACCCUGCUGCCGCUCAGCCUGGGCCUGGGCCUGGCCCUGGCCGCCAGCCUCGCCACCGGCGUCGAAUACACCUGGAAGCUGCUGGAAGGCGGCGACCCCACCCGCACCCUGGCCGAGCUGGCGAUGUUCACCACCAGCUACCUGGCGCUGGCCUUCAUCAGCUACCAGGUCGGCAACCGCGCCCGCCGCAACCAGCAGCUGGCCAACCAGCGCGGCGACGAAGUGGCCAACCUGUUCCAGAUCAACGAACUGAUCAUCCGCCGCAUGCGCACCGGCGUGCUGGUGGUGGACGCCGACAACCGCAUCACCCUGGCCAACGAGGCCGCCUCGAUGCUGCUGGGCGACAGUGACGGCAAUGGCGAGAGCGGGCGCCUGGACCUGGCCAGCGCCGCGCCGGAACUGACCCGCCGCCUGCAGCGCUGGCGCAAUGGCUGGGCGCAGGACGAACUGCCGCUGCAGCUCAACCCCGACCAGCCGGAAGUGCAGCCGCGCUUCGCCCGCCUGCUGGCCGGCAGCGACCUGGCGCUCGUGUUCCUGGACGAUUCCAGCGUGGUGUCCCGCCGCGCCGAAUCGCUCACCCUGUCAGCGAUGGGCCGCUUCUCGGCCAGCCUCGCCCAUGAGAUCCGCAACCCGCUGGCGGCCAUCAACUACGCCGUGCAGCUGCUCGAGGAAGGCACCGGCUUCAACGAAAGCGACCGCCGCCUGCUGCAGAUCAUCCGCCAGCAAUGCCAGCGCACCAACGGCAUCGUCGAAAGCGUGCUGGGGCUGGCCCGGCGCGAGCGCGCCACGCCCGAGAACGUGGACCUGGCCGCCUUCGUGCGCCGCUUCGUGCUGGAGUACAAGCAGGGGCAGACGCUGGAAACGGACAGCAUCGAACCGAUCAUCAAUGACAGCGCGGUGAUGGCCCAGGUCGAUACCCGCCACCUGUACCAGGUGCUGACCGUGCUGGUGCACAACGCGCUCAAGUACGGGCGCAUCGGCCAGCAGCCGGCGCGGGUGCGCCUGCGCGUGGCCCAGCACGAGCGCAGCGCGGUGAUCGACGUGAUGGACCGUGGCCCGGGCAUUCCCGAGAGCGUGGCCGCGCAGUUGUUCCGCCCGUUCUUCACCACCUCCGAGCACGGCACUGGCCUGGGCCUGUAUAUCGCCCGCGAGCUGUGCCGGGCCAACCAGGCGCGGCUCGACUACAUCCCGGUGCCGGCCGGUGGCUCCUGCUUCCGCCUGGUGCUGCCCGGUCCGCACACGCUGUUGCCCACCUGA